AGAGAAUUCGAGUACUUAUUGCUGAACGAUUGCAGUUGUUAUUAUAAAUUAUAUUUUAUUCGAAGACAACCUUGUAUAUCGAGCAGUUGUGAGGAUCGUUGAGGAAAAUUUGUAAAAAUGUUUUUAACAGGGUUGAUAAUUGGAUUGUGUUUUGUUUCGUGUUCCUAUGGAAAGUAUAGCUAUGAAACUAAGUAUAUUAAUGUACCGUUGGAUCAUUUUUCAUUCUUCAACAACCAGACCUUUCCAUUGAGAUAUUUGAUCAAUGACGAUAAGUGGAGACCCAGCAAUGGUCCAAUAUUUUUCUACGUUGGAAACGAAGGAGAUAUUGAACUAUUUGCUCAAAAUACAGGAUUCCUUUGGGAAACUGCCGAAAAAUUUAACGCCCUGGUUGUUUUUGCCGAACAUCGUUAUUAUGGAAGAUCACUGCCAUCUAUUAAUGACUUUAUACCUUCAGAUUCAAAUAGUAACCUUACCAACAACCCGUACGAAUAUUAUUCCUACUUGACCAGUAAUCAAGUUUUGGCGGAUUACGUCGACGUGAUACACGAGGUGAAAAAUCAUCAGAAACGUGGCAGACAUUAUACUGGCCCACAAUCCAACCCUGUAAUCGCUUUUGGAGGAUCACUAGGUGGGAUGUUGGCAGCAUGGAUGAAAAUGAAAUAUCCUACAGUAAUUGAAGGAGCAUUAGCAUCGUCAGCACCAAUUUUCUAUUUCUCCGGCAUGUCACCUUGUGACGGAUUUAAUAAGGUUUUAACCAACGUGUUUAAUGAUACCAGUCCUCAAUGCGUUCAGAAUAUUAAAAAGUCUUGGGGUGCUUUACGAAAAAAUGUUAAACAAGACAAUGGAACUUGGAUUAGUAAAAACUGGAAUUUAUGUAAGCCACUUGAAUCAGAGAGCAGUGUUGAUCAACUCAUAAGUGUUUUGACUGAAGUAUACUCGGCUGUUGGAAUGGUGAAUUAUCCGUAUCCGAAUGAGUUCUUGAUGCCUGUGCCAGCCUAUCCAGUUAAGGAAAUGUGUAAAUAUUUGGAUUCCUCAUUCGCGGAUGAUAAAUCAUUGUUAAAUGCGAUUUACAAAGCUAUAUCAGUUUACGUGGAUUAUAAAAAAGAAUCAAAAUGUUUGGAUUGGACAGCUGCCCCAUAUGGUAGUGUUGAUGCGAAAACAUGGGGUGUACAAGCUUGCACAGAAAUUGUCAUGCCUUUCUGUAGCAAUGGUGUAACUGAUAUGUUCGAACCAUCGACUUGGGAUUUCAAAGAAAUCAGCCAACAAUGUCACAAUUAUUAUGGAGUAACACUAAAAGAGAAAUUUAUCGAAAAAGAAUAUGGUGGAAAAGACUUACGUUACGCAUCAAAUAUAAUAUUUAGUAAUGGGUUAUUGGAUCCUUGGUCCAGUGGAGGAGUCACUUCAAAAGAUGCACCUUCGUCUGUGGUGGUCUAUGAUGUACCUGACGCUGCCCAUCAUUUGGAUUUACGGGCUUCGCAUGAAAAAGAUCCUCCGAGUGUUCAAAGGGCGAGGAAGCUUUAUAUAAAUAUUUUCAGAAGAUGGAUUAGAAAUUAUCGUAAAACAAAUACGAAUGCUUGAUUUUUCAUAAAGUCGAUUGAUAUUGUGGUUGGUAUAGGAUUGUUGAAACUUGUUCGAUUUGUGAUCAAUAAAUGAAUGAGACAUCGA